AUGACCUCCAAAUUCGAAAAGCUAUUGAUAAAACUGGGCAAACCAAGCUGGGCCCAACACCUCCGUCAUGUCCAACACGCGCACGGCCCCCAGAAGAACCAAAUCGACCCCGAAUGGGCCAAAGACAUAAUCAAGAUGGACACUCACCUGCGGGAAAUAGGGCAGCGCGAGAUCUACCUGCGCGAGGAGAUCAAAGCGCUGACUUCCGACGACCGCCCACCGCUAAGCACCGAGCAACGCGCGCAGCUGGCCAAAUGGCGAAUGGAGCUGGAGGAUCUGGCGAGGAAGUACUGGCAUCUGGAGCGGGAGUUUUACCGGCGGGAGGCGUCGGUUCCGCCGGGGCCGUUGCAGAGGGCGUAUGUGACCUGGAGGAGCAAUCCGGAGUGGUAUCUGCUGGGGUAUUUGAGAGAUGAUUGUGCGGGCAGGGGAGGGUGUUGUGGGAGGAGUUGUGGGUGCUGCGAGAGGGAGAGGGAUACGGAGAAGAGGAUUCGGCUGGGGCAUUGUACGGUGGAGUGUGGGUGUUGUCGGAGGGCGAGGGGGUUUGAAUUGAACCAUGAAGAUCGGGUGAGGUAUCAGAAGUUGUUUGAUUCUGAUUUGAAAGAGAAUGAGGCGUUGUGGGAUUCGUUGAAGUUGGCUUAUGUUUUUGGCUUGGUUUUUUAG